CGGCGGGUGGCGGCGCGGAGGCCGGACCGGGCGGCGGCCCAGGCUGCGCGGGGGGCGCGGCAGCCAAGGCGGGAGGCGCGGGCGACAUGACGGACAACAUCCCGCUGCAGCCGGUGCGCCAGAAGAAGCGGAUGGACAGCAGGCCCCGCGCCGGGUGCUGCGAAUGGCUGAGAUGCUGUGGUGCAGGGGACCCCAGGCCCCGCACUGUCUGGUUGGGGCACCCCGAGAAGAGAGACCAGAGAUACCCUCGAAAUGUCAUCAACAAUCAGAAGUACAACUUCUUCACCUUUCUUCCUGGGGUGCUGUUUAACCAGUUCAAGUACUUUUUCAACCUCUAUUUCUUACUUCUCGCCUGCUCGCAGUUUGUUCCCGAGAUGAGACUUGGUGCCCUCUAUACCUACUGGGUUCCCCUGGGCUUCGUGCUGGCCGUCACCAUCAUACGAGAGGCGGUGGAGGAGACCCGAUGCUACCUGCGGGACAAAGAAGUCAACUCCCAGGUCUACAGCCGGCUCUCAGCGAGAGGGACCGUGAAGGUGAAGAGCGCCAACAUCCAAGUUGGAGAUCUUAUCAUCGUUGAAAAGAACCAGCGGGUCCCUGCUGACAUGAUCUUCCUGAGGACAUCAGAAAAAAACGGGUCUUGCUUCCUGAGGACAGAUCAGCUGGACGGGGAGACGGACUGGAAGCUGCGGCUCCCUGUGGCCUGCACGCAGAGGCUCCCCACGGCUGCUGACCUUCUGCAGAUUCGAUCGUAUAUCUAUGCAGAGGAGCCAAAUAUCGACAUUCACAACUUUGUGGGAACGUUUACCCGAGAGGACAGCGACCCUCUGAUCAGCGAGAGCUUGAGCAUAGAGAACGCGCUCUGGGCUGGCACCGUCAUCGCAUCAGGAACUGUUGUGGGUGUUGUUCUUUACACUGGCAGAGAACUCCGGAGUGUCAUGAAUACAUCCAACCCUCGAAGCAAGAUUGGCCUGUUUGACCUGGAAGUGAACUGCCUCACCAAGAUCCUGUUUGGCGCUCUGGUGGUGGUGUCCCUGGUCAUGGUGGCCCUUCAGCACUUCGCCGGUCGUUGGUACCUUCAGAUUAUCCGCUUCCUUCUCUUGUUUUCCAACAUCAUUCCCAUCAGUUUGCGUGUGAACCUGGACAUGGGGAAGAUUGUGUACAGUUGGGUGAUUCGAAGGGAUUCAAAAAUCCCCGGGACCGUGGUUCGUUCCAGCACAAUUCCUGAGCAGCUGGGAAGGAUUUCUUACUUACUCACAGACAAGACAGGAACUCUUACCCAGAAUGAGAUGGUUUUCAAGCGGCUGCAUCUCGGCACAGUGGCCUAUGGCCUUGACUCAAUGGAUGAAGUACAAAGCCACAUAUUUAGUAUUUACACACAGCAACCGCAGGACCCACCUGCUCAGAAGGGCCCCGCGAUCACCACCAAAGUCCGUCGGACCAUGAGCAGCCGUGUGCACGAAGCUGUGAAGGCCAUCGCGCUCUGUCACAACGUGACUCCCGUGUACGAGUCCAACGGCGUGACCGACCAGGCUGAGGCCGAGAAGCAGUACGAAGACUCGUGCCGCGUGUACCAGGCAUCCAGCCCGGACGAGGUGGCCCUGGUACAGUGGACGGAAAGUGUGGGCUUAACCCUGGUGGGCCGAGACCAGUCUUCCAUGCAGCUGAGGACCCCUGGCGACCAGAUCCUGAAUUUCACCAUCUUACAGAUCUUCCCUUUCACCUACGAAAGCAAGCGGAUGGGCAUCAUUGUGAGGGAUGAAUCAACUGGGGAAAUUACAUUCUACAUGAAGGGAGCAGACGUCGUCAUGGCUGGCAUCGUACAGUACAACGACUGGCUGGAGGAAGAGUGUGGAAACAUGGCCCGGGAGGGGCUGCGUGUGCUCGUCGUGGCAAAGAAAUCUCUAGCAGAGGAGCAGUAUCAAGACUUUGAAGCCCGCUAUGUCCAGGCCAAGCUGAGUGUGCACGACCGCUCUCUCAAAGUGGCCACUGUGAUCGAGAGCCUAGAGAUGGAGAUGGAGCUGCUGUGCCUGACCGGAGUGGAAGACCAGCUGCAAGCGGACGUGCGGCCCACCCUGGAGACGCUGAGGAAUGCUGGCAUCAAGGUUUGGAUGCUGACAGGGGACAAGCUGGAGACAGCUACAUGCACAGCGAAGAAUGCACAUCUGGUGACCAGAAACCAAGACAUCCACGUUUUUCGGCUGGUGACCAACCGUGGCGAGGCCCACCUUGAGCUGAACGCCUUCCGCAGGAAGCACGACUGCGCCCUGGUCAUCUCUGGAGACUCGCUGGAGGUUUGCCUCAAGUACUACGAGUAUGAGUUCAUGGAGCUGGCCUGCCAGUGCCCGGCGGUGGUCUGCUGCCGCUGCGCCCCCACCCAGAAGGCCCAGAUCGUGCGCCUGCUCCAGGAACGCACCGGAAAGCUCACCUGUGCUGUAGGUGAUGGAGGCAACGAUGUCAGUAUGAUCCAGGAAUCUGACUGCGGCGUGGGCGUGGAGGGAAAGGAAGGAAAACAGGCUUCCUUGGCUGCAGACUUCUCCAUCACUCAGUUUAAGCAUCUCGGCCGGUUGCUCAUGGUCCAUGGCCGGAACAGCUACAAGCGCUCAGCGGCCCUCAGCCAGUUCGUGAUCCAUAGGAGCCUCUGUAUUAGCACCAUGCAGGCUGUCUUUUCCUCCGUGUUUUACUUUGCCUCCGUUCCUCUCUACCAAGGAUUCCUCAUCAUUGGCUACUCUACCAUUUACACCAUGUUUCCUGUAUUUUCUCUGGUCCUGGACAAAGAUGUCAAGUCAGAAGUUGCCAUGCUGUAUCCAGAGCUCUACAAGGAUCUCCUCAAGGGACGGCCGUUGUCCUACAAGACAUUCUUAAUAUGGGUUUUGAUUAGCAUCUGUCAAGGGAGUACCAUCAUGUAUGGGGCGCUGCUGCUGUUCGAGUCAGAAUUUGUGCAUAUCGUGGCGAUUUCCUUCACGUCGCUGAUCCUCACGGAGCUGCUGAUGGUGGCCCUGACCAUCCAGACCUGGCACUGGCUGAUGACGGUGGCCGAGUUGCUCAGCCUGGCCUGCUACAUCGCCUCCCUGGUGUUCUUACACGAAUUCAUUGAUGUGUACUUCAUCGCCACUUUGUCGUUCUUGUGGAAAGUCUCUGUUAUCACUCUGGUCAGCUGUCUCCCCCUCUACAUCCUCAAGUACCUACGAAGACGGUUCUCUCCCCCCAGCUACUCGAAGCUCACGUCGUAGGCUGGGCGCUCGGUUGAGGAGACUCCGGUCUCUGCGUCCCUGAUGGACAGAGUUCAAGUUCCGUUUAUCUUAGCCUCCCCCUGUGGACCUUGCAGUAAUCGCUAACGCGUGCAGUUUGGAUGUGACGAGGCUCUGCACGACGUCCGAACACUGAAUACACAGGAGGGAGGCUCCGAAGAGGGGCCCACGCAGGCCCGGUGGAGCCCGGUGGGGCCCCUGGUGAUUCCUGUCUGAGCGAAUGUGAAUAUGUUCAGUCUGGUGGCUCAGCCAAGACACUUCUAUCUGGGUCACUGUGCAAGCUUCCUUAUGACUUGAAUUUUGUGGUCAUGUGAUAAAAGUUUCUGUCUAGUGGAAGAUUGUAGAGGAUUUUUUUUUUUUUAAAACAACCCUAAUGUGUGUACUCUUUACGUCUUUCUCGCUCUCAAAAACUGGUUUCGGAGAAAUGUGCAGCUCUUGGCGUAGGUUUGGGGGAAAAGACACUGACAUUUGGUAAAACGUUAUCCAAUUUGGAAAUGCUAAACACCCUCUCUAAGGCAGCCCUGCUUGUUGAAGCUGAACUGGCUUCCCAGGAUUAGAAAAAUCAAAGGAGAGGCAGGGACAGAGAGUGCCGUAAAGCCAAGAUGUUACCCUUCGUCUCCUUCAACAUCCACCCCCCUCCAGUUAGUGUCACCUGCCACCUCGUAAAAGAAUUUCAAAGGCGUUAUCCUGCUUUGUUCAGACCUGGUAACAAUUAUAAAGCCUGUGGCUGUCUGAGGACACCCUCAGACGUUUACAGCAGAGUUGUUUUAGCAAGAAACGUGCCACCGAACAGCCCCUAAAUGUUGUCGACAGGGUGAUAAGAGACUCGAGUAAUUCUUUAGACAACACGGCACAUGUGGCUGAGACCCUGGGUCCAAAGUGGAAAGGUCAGGAUUGGGUCUCUUUACUUGCACAGAAACCUGUUUCCUGUUAGGAGGAAUUAUUGGGGACGAAGGGACAGCGGCAGAGGCAUCUUGCUGCGUUGUCAUUUGUGGUGGCAGCUUCAAGUAAGGAGCCCCCGUGGGAAAAGGCCCGGGCUACAGCUCUGGGCCCUGGGCUCCAGCCUACAGAUUUCCCCGGGAACGUACCGAACGGCAGCCAGUCGUAGAGACCCCUCCCCCACCAGGAUGGAGUACAUGCAUGUGUGUUUCUUAUAAAGCUGUGGCUUCUCGUUUCAGAGGAAGAAGGCAGUUUGCAAGCACUGGACGUGGCAGGGCAAGACGUUCUUGGGCUUUCCCAGUCACUUCUCGCAGCAGCCACAUAUGCAUGCCAUAAGGGUUGAUUUUCAAGAGCUGACUGUGUUUGAUAUCUUAGGUUUGUGAUUAAUUCCUUAUGAGUACAUACCCUUCAACCCGUCAGCAUGGCGCUUCCUGUGUGUGCGUCAGAAACGUAAGCUCUGGCCUGGUUGCUGAUGCCUGCCCGCUACCUGAAGGUGGUCUUGCUCUCGGAGGGUUGGGGAUAUGGGGAGCCAAUGGUUUCUUGUCUUUGGAGCACCCUUGAUAUGCUCGUGUAUUUACCUUGCCCUUUCUAAAACACGUUAUAAAAUGACAGUAAGUUGAGGCGCUGGUAAAUUGGUUAUUGGCAUCACAUCUGUUGGGUUUUAAGAUUCUGCAGUUUCUCCCAACCCCUUUUUGUUCCAGCCAUUUCUGCCCUCCAGAAAAGAGCUACAGAGAGUGUCCAGUGCAGUGAAAGAGUGGUUAUUUAGGAAUAGAAUCUUCGCCCAGAACUUUGAGAAAGGUUGAGCAGGUCUAACUUUUUCACUGCGUGAUUUUAUGCAGUUUUGAAGGUAGAAGAGGAGGACGUGGUGCUCAAACUGUUUGCGCCUCAGUUUGUGUUCUUGGAAGUCAGACUGUAAAACUGGAAAUCCUAAGUAGUUCCACUCUGAGUUUGCAAACCCUGAACCUGGCCUUGUUCGCAGACAGGCAAUGGCACCUGCAAGUAGGUCUCACGGAUUCCUUGUUAGGAAAUUUUAAUGUUUCCGGCAGAUACAGGGGAUGAAGUUGGUCUCUUUGGUCUUUGCCUUAAUUCCCAAGUUUGAUCAAAAUGUGUGAGUUGACUUUUAAAGUCAAUACCUAAGGUACUGCUUGACAUCUUGAAGGGAGAAAGCUUCUAAGAGGGAGCUGAAGAAGACAUCCCUGGAAGACGAAGGAUGCUCGUCCAUGCCACCAAAAACGUCCUUGUUUUGUUGUCUCGGCCACACUCUGGUGUAGACAGUCCAGGGAGAGAGGGAUACCACCCCUGUCACUGUCAGCUUGCUCACACCACCUGCUGGGGUCCUUGAGUGUCUAGGAAUGCACACGUGUGUUUCUCAAACUCUGGAGACCCAAAGAGCGGGAGCUGCAGUCGGUUGAGUGUGCGUAAUCGUUACCCGCAGACAUCAGACUGUAAUCCCGACAGAGCCAGGGUACAUGCGGGUACUUCCGUGAGUUACCUUAUUUGUGAGAAAGACCAACCAACCAACCAACAAAACACCUGAGCUGUUUUACAGGAAACUUGAGUUCACAGACAUUAAGCGUAAAGAUUCUGUUGACGUUUUUCUUGGCUCGUCAGUCCAUCUGGAACGAACUUGGGAAGCACCACUGAGACCUUCCCCUCACCUUGGGACUCAGUGGGACCAGAGUCUCCCAACAGCUGGUUGAAUUGGAGGCCAGAGGCCCCAUGGCCACAAUCAACUGUUCAAACGCCUCCUUCAAGUGAAAAGGACAGGUCCCCCUCACUGCCCUUCCACAACACUAGGUUUUUCUGUCAGAGGAAGCAUUUUCAUUAUUUCAUGACUUUUAUUGUAUCUUUUGGUGGUGGGUGGGUGUGUGGGGGGCAAGAUGGGAUCUGUUGGUUUCUCUUCCCCUCCCCCCUUUUCCUCCCUUUCUCUAAGAAAAUGGCCAGACAAGCUUCUUCCUCUUGAGUGAUUUCUUAUCUGACAGUUUGGAUUCUAAUUUUGAGAGCGUGCCCACACACGUGUGUGUUGCCGAUGGUGCGAGGUUGCUCGCAUUGACUCGGGCUGCCUGGGACAAAGGACUUCACCACAAAACAGUGAAGAGCACCUCGACGUUGGAGCGAGUCCCCUGUUUACAGCUACCUGGAGCUGGGGGGCCACGAGCUGGGAUUUCUCCCACUCUUAGUAGUAUUCUAUCCAGAUCACAGACUAGCUUCCUUUAAGGGAAUCUCCGCCCCUUUUUUUUCUUUUUGGUAGCAGUAUCUUAAAUACCAACAUCUGCUUCCCCAUUCCUCAGUAUGUUCUCUGCUGAAAAUUUAGGGUAUUUUGACAACUUUUGAAUGUAUUUUGAGUUUUGUGCUCAUCGGAAAUUGAGAUGAUAUGCCUGUUUUUGUUCCUCCAGACUUUUGUUUUUAUACUUUGUUUUGUUUCUGCUGGGGUGAGGAUAGCAACGCCCUCACGCCUUUAUGGGGCAGUAUUUUAAACCUUUGCCAAAAUUGCAAAUGGGACCUACGUGUUCUUCCGCUCCAUCCUACCCAAGGCAAACACCUAUCAGCUGUUUUUAUCUUUAAUCUUUUUUGUGUUUCUGAGUGAGUGAGUGAGUGUGUGUGUGUGUGUAUGUGUGUGUGUGUGGUCAUCCCACGUUGUUUGAAGAGAGAUUUGGUUUGGGUUAAAAUUCCAUCACUCCCAGCUUUUUCAUUAAGAAAAUUACAAGGAGCUUUGUAAAUACAACAGAUUUUAUUUCUCCCCCUUUCUUUUAAUGUAACACUUCGCCACUUAUGUAUACUUCUUAUGAACUAUUUCCAUUAAUUAUGUUCAUUUCAUCUUGGAAAAAGUACGUUUUUGGAUGGAACUGAAUGAAGAGUGUCACAUUGUGUGAGCAGUGUUCGUAGCACCUUAUGCCAAAGCAGCGUUACCUGCGAAACUGUCCUUUCUGUCACAGCCAGGCUGGGGGUGCAGUCGGAACGUCACUGGACAAUGUCAGUGAAUAUUGUGUUUGGGGGGGACAGGUAGGGGGUGCGGUAUUCGCAAAAAGAAAAAUCGUGGCUAAUUUAUUAUUUGGCUGCGAUGGGGCUCAUGGUAAAUAUUCCAUCGAGUUGCUCAUUAGGUCUCUUUGUAUGUAAUCCUCAUUGUCAGUGUUCGUUCACCAGGACGGCAUUUUUUUGAUUAGAGGGGGGCUCUGGUGCAGUGUGCUUUAAUUUAGCAGGAAAUCCCAGAUGAUUUAAAUUCUCUCGAUCCCGUGAUGACACACAUGUGAUCCUGCGUGUGAUCCGAGCGGUUCUGCUUUCAUUGUCUGCCAGCGUGGCCCGUUGCUGUUGCCCAAUAAAGCUUGUGUACUUUA